ACCUUGUGUUACUUCUAUUCUAGGCAAUCAGUUUAACCCCCCAGCCCCAGAAGAAGACGUGAUCUAUGACGACGUUCCUUAUGAAAACGUGGACCCGGAUCAGCGUGAUUCAGAGAGAAGCCUGAUUUAUGAGGACGUCCAUCAAGACAAAGAGCUACAGGAAGCCGAGGACCUUGGCUGGAGCUCCAGUGAGUUCGAAAGCUACAGCGAGGACUCUGGGGAAGAGACCAAGCCGGAGGUGGAAACUGCUAAGCCCAAAGUGUCCUUUCAGCCAAAGCUUUCUCCAGACCUGCACAGGCUCAAGGAGAGAUACUCAAGGACUAAGAGGGACAUUCUGGCUUUGAGAGUUGGGGGGAGAGACAUGCAGGAGCUGAAGCAGAGAUACGAUUGCAAGAUGACACAGCUGAUGAAAGCAGCCAAGAGCGGCACCAAGGAUGGGCUGGAGAAGACCAAGAUGGCCGUCAUGCGGAAAGUGACUUUCUUGCACAAGAAAGAAGUCCCAGGUGAGUCAGAAGAGGAGGACAUGGGAUUCCUGGAGGUCUCCGUCACAGAUAUGAAAGACCCACUUCCCGAACUUGGCCCCAUGCCAGAAGGACUGAGCCCUCAGCAGGUGGUGCGGCGCCACAUCCUGGGCUCCAUUGUGCAGAGUGAGAGGAGCUACGUGGACUCCUUGAGGCGGAUCUUGCAGGAUUACAGAAACCCUCUGAUGGAGAUGGAACCCAAAGUUCUCAGUGCCCGAAAGUGCCAAGUGGUUUUCUUCCGGGUCAAAGAGAUCCUCCAGUGCCACUCCAUGUUCCAAAUCGCCUUGUCCUCACGUGUCUCUGAAUGGGACUCCACAGAGAAAAUUGGUGACCUCUUUGUGGCCUCGUUUUCCAAGUCGAUGGUUCUGGAUGUGUACAGCGAAUAUGUCAACAACUUCACCAGCGCCAUGUCCUUGAUCAAGAAGGCCUGCCUCACCAAGCCUGCCUUCCUGGAAUUCCUCAAGAAGCGGCAGAUGGCCAGUCUGGACCGGGUCACUCUGUACGGGCUGAUGGUGAAGCCCAUCCAAAGAUUCCCCCAGUUCAUUCUUCUGCUGCAGGACAUGCUGAAGAACACCCCGAAAGGCCACCCGGACAGGCUGUCUCUCCAGCUGGCACUCACGGAACUUGAGACCCUGGCGGAAAAACUGAAUGAGCAGAAGCGACUGGCCGACCAGGUUGCUGAGAUUCAGCAGCUGACCAAGAGCGUCAGCGACCGCAGCAGCCUCAACAAGCUGCUGAGUUCAGGCCAGCGCCAGCUGCUGCUUUGUGAGACUCUAACGGAGACCGUUUAUGGCGACCGGGGUCAACUCAUCAAAUCGAAGGAGCGCAAGGUGUUCCUGCUGAACGACAUGCUGGUCUGCGCCAAUAUCAAUUUCAAAGGCCAGUUGGAGAUCAGCAGCCUCGUCCCCCUGGGCCCCAAAUACAUCGUGAAAUGGAAUUCAGCCCUUCCGCAGAUCCAGGUGGUGGAAGUCGGGCAGGAGACCUGCACCCACGAGAAGGAGAACGUGGUCAUCCAGAACGUGUGCUCCAAGAAGCACAUGCCAACCAGCCAGUCUUCUCACAACAAAGUCUACCUGGGCCCACCUCGCCUCUUCCAGGAGCUCCAAGAUCUACAAAAGGAUUUGGCUGUCGUCCAGCAGAUCACGCUGCUGAUUAGCACCCUCCACGGCACGUACCAGAAUCUGAACAUGACCGUGGCCCAGGACUGGUGCUUGGCGCUGCAGCGGCUCAUGAGAGUGAAGGAGGAAGAGAUCCAUUCUGCCAACAAGUGCCGCCUCCGUCUCCUACUCCCAGGAAAGCCAGACAAGUCUGGCCGCCCCAUCAGCGUCAUGGUGGUCUUCAUCACUCCCAACCCCCUCAGCAAGAUCUCCUGGGUGAACCGGCUGCACUUGGCCAAGAUUGCUCUCCGGGAAGAAAACCAGCCUGGCUGGCUGUGUCCCGAGGAGGAUAAGAAGAGCAAAGCUCCCUUCUGGUGCCCCAUCUUGGUUUGCCGCCUGCCUGCCUUUUCGUCCAAGGCUCUUGACCUGCAGCUUGGAGCAGCCGUGCACAGCCCCGUCCAUUCCUCACUGCUGGGUUUCUCAGCCAUCAGCACUUCUCUGCCGCAAGGCUAUCUCUGGGUUGGGGGCGGCCAGGAAGGGGCCGGGGGCCAAGUAGAGAUUUUUUCUCUGAACCGUGCAGUGCCUCGGACGGUGAAGUCCUUCCCCGUGGCCUCCCGGGUCCUCUGCAUGGAAUACAUUCCAGAGAGGAGCGAAGAGGAGAGAGCUGCGGAUUCGCAACCGGCCGCUGACCCGCCAGUGCCGCCACAGCCCACCCUUUGCCUGGGGCUACAGGAUGGCAGCAUCCUGGUUUAUGGAAGCGUGGACACAGGGACGCAGUGCCUCCUGACCUGCAAGAGUCCUGGGCUCCAGCCAGUUCUCUGCUUGAAACACAGCCCCGACUUCCUCUUCGCUGGCCUGCAGAAUGGAACCGUAGCUGCUUACUCUAGGAACAGCGGGGGCCUUUGGGAUGUGGCAGCCGAGCCCACCUGCUUGACAGUGGGCCUGGCACCGGUCCGAACUCUGCUCACCUUGGAUGAUGCCAUUUGGGCCAGCUGUGGCAACCAAGUCACUGUGUUUGAUGCUGCCACUCUGAAGGCACAGCAAUCCUUUGAAGCCCACCCGGAGGAGGAAGCCGGCGUCACCCACAUGAUCAAGGCAGGCAGCGGGGUCUGGAUGGCCUUCUCUUCAGGCUCCUCCAUCCGCCUCUUCCACACCGAGACCUUGGAACACCUACAGGAAAUCAACGUUGCAACACGGACCACUUUUGCCCUGCCAGGCCAGAAGAACGUCCGCGUCACCAGCCUCCUGAUUUGCCAGGGCCUGCUGUGGGUUGGCACAGACCAAGGCAUCCUGGUCCUCUUGCCCGUGCCCAGGCUGGAGGGCAUCCCCAAGAUCACCGGGAAAGGCAUGGUCUCUCUCAACGGCCACUGUGGGCCGGUGGCCUUCUUGGCCGUGGCCCUGAGCACCUUGGCUCCAGACAUCUUGAAGAGCGACAAGGAGGAGGAGGAGCCAGUGGCAGAUCCCCCGUCCACGGAAGAGGAGAAGCAGAAUGGCAGAUCUCCAGAGCUGGCAGCCCAGGAGAACCCCCCCACGCCGGAGAGGAGGAAGAAAGGCGUCCUCUUGCAGUACCGCCUCCGGUCCACCUCGCACCUCCCUGGGCAGUUGCUCUCCAUGAGGGAGGCUCCGUCCGCCGCGUGUGGGAACACGUUGGAGCACACGGAGGAAGACGGAUCCAUCUACGAAAUGGCCGAUGACCCUGACGUCUGGGUGCGGAGCAGGCCGUGCGCGCGGGACACUCCCCGCAAGGAGAUCUCUUCCUUGGCCGUCAUCUCUGGCGGACGAGGCUACCGGAACUUCAACCCAAACGGCAAAUUGCCGGCUAGUAGUGAAACUGACAGCACUUUGCUCAUGUGGCAGGUCCCUUUGAUGCUAUAGCCCUCAUCUUCC